AGAGAAAAAUGAUCACGUAUUUAUAGUUGUUGAGAAAGUGGGCUGCGGAAUGGGACUCAUUUAUCUGAUUGGUUCGAUAACCCUCAAUAACAUCGUCAUUCAGUAUCACACACACUCCUUAUUCUCUAUUUAACCAAUAAAAACAAAGAAUAGCUUAUUAUUCAUGCCUUAUUGCUUUUUAUAUUUUAAAAAAUCCCCGCUGUUGGUACUCGAACUUUCGAUUUCGCUUCAUGUCUGCUUUUUAAAAUUUUAUCUAAAGAUUUCAUUAAAGCGUCAUGCUCAUACUCUAAAUGGACCCUCGUUUAUUUUUUUUAUUGAAAAGAAAAGAAAUGAUAUCAUUCUGUACAACUCUUUAGGAUAUAUAUACAAGUUGUAAAGAGUUAAAACCCAGAACAAUUUUGUAAUCGAUACAUCGUCACAUACACACGCCAUUUUCUUUCUUUCUUUUUCGUUAAUAAAAAUGGAUCAAGAUAAACCUAUCAAAGAAGUAGUUGUCAAUACUCAUAUUGAAAGUGAAGCAGAAGAGUCUGAAGUAGAGGAAGAACACGAAAUAGUAGCAGAAGAAGGUCUCUUGGAUGAAUAUGCUGAUGAUGCAAAGGAAAUUGACUGUAUUCAUAUGAAAGUGAGCAGUAUUCCUAACCUUGGCUUGGAUAGAUUCAAGGAAGUAGAGAGUCUUUGUCUUCGUCAAAAUUUUAUUAUUGAUAUUGAAGGAUUGGAUGGAUUAAAACAAUUAAAAGAACUUGAUUUAUACGAUAACAAAAUUUCUCAUAUGCGUGGACUUAAUAAUCUCACUACAUUAGAAAAUCUUGAUCUCUCAUUCAACAAAAUCAAACAUAUCAAGAACAUUGAUCGCCUCACAAACCUCAAAAACUUGUACUUUGUCAGCAACAAGAUAUCUAAAAUUGAGAAUUUAGAUACACUUAUUCAUGUCACCAAUUUGGAAUUAGGUGCUAAUCGUAUUCGUUCCAUUGAAAACUUGGAUUGCCUUGCUAAUCUGACUCAAUUAUGGCUUGGAAAGAACAAGAUCACCAAAUUACAAAAUUUGAGUGGACUGAAAAAUUUGAAAUCAUUGAGUAUUCAAAGCAAUCGAUUGACAAAGAUUGAAGGUCUAGAAGAAUUGACUAAUCUGGAAGAGUUGUACAUGAGUCAUAAUGCCAUUGAAAAGAUUGAAGGAUUAGAGCAUAAUCUCAAAUUAAACACAUUGGACGUGGCUAGCAAUCGCCUUGUCAAGAUUGAAAACUUGGCUCAUUUGCCUUGUUUAGAAGAAUUCUGGGCCAAUGGAAAUCAAUUUGAUAAUGAAUGCUACGAACAAGUUGAAAAAGAAUUAGGUCAAAUCAAGACAUUGACGACUGUUUAUUUGGAAGGCAAUCCAAUGCAACUCAAUAACAGGGCUACUUAUCGAAACAAGAUCAAAUUUGCUUUACCCAACAUUGUUCAAAUUGAUGCAACACCUAUCAAAUAAAACAAGUGGCUUGUAAUAGAGGAAUGGAUUCAAAUUUCCCCCAAAAAUAAAGAGAAAUUCUACUUGUG